AUGUGCCGUGGAUUAGCUCAGAGUCCGAUAAAUUUAACACCCUUCAGUUGCCAGAGGUUGGGCCCAACACAGGGGCUGACCUUUAUCAAUGCCCACACCCCACCGAGGGCUGUUGAUCUCAUUAACGGUGAUCACACAGUGAGAUAUUUAUUUCAUUGGAAUGCCAAUCGAACAGCAAGGAUAACCGGAGGACCUCUGGGCACGGCUCAGUACAUUCCGCAUGAGGUACAUUUUCACUGGACCGAUGGACUCCUCGAUGGGACGGAGCAUGCAGUCUAUGGCAUAAGAUUCACAAUGGAGAUGCACGUGGUGUGCUACAAUGCAAAAUACAGAAACUUAGCGCAGGCAAUGAAUUUUGUUGAUGGCGUCCUUGUUCUUGGGCAACUCUUUCAAAAAUUCCUCUUUGGCGAAUCCUCCUACCACUACCUCCAACUCCUACCCUACAUCCGGCGCCGCGGAGCUGUCCUAACAAUUUCACAAUCAAUGCAUUUCUUUACGCUUGAUCAAUUUAUAAAUGUAAAUAGAUUUAAUAGAUAUAUUGUAUCAUACACCGGAAGUCUCACAACGCCACCGUGCAGAGAGGGUAUCCUGUGGGUAAUCAACGUGAUCCCAAGGAAAAUAUCCUUCACAACAAUGAGACUUUUCAAUCGCAUCCAAGGAAUGGGUGGCUUCAUCAACAACAACGUACGUCCACUUCAACGCAACAAUGGACGUACCUGUUAUUCAAAUUUGUAA